AGAACCCAUUUACAAAGCCGAGUAAGUGAACCACAUCUCCCAUCAUGCACUACUGGAAAUAACUACGACUACAGCCCCCAGAAUGCAACGCGAAUCAGGAAGCAAAGUGCAAUAGCGCUUCCAUUCAAAAGUUUGUCCCGUCAUCUCAGACAAGUAAACUUAAGCAUUAAUCGGAGGAUUAAAACAACGCACUAGCCAAGCGACCACAGUGACAAAGUCAUUAACUUCUGACCAGUUGAAAAACAGCAGCUGACGAUCAAGCAGUUAACAACAAACCAGCGAGAGAAUAUUAAACCCAGCACCUUACCGGUGAUGUGCGUCGCUCUUCCAGCAUGCAAUUGGAUUUUUGUCUCUGUGCGUGCUCGCUCCCGUUUAUCAACACAUUUCACGGAAUAUUACCAGCCAACGGCAAGCCAAAACACCAAACCAGGGGUUGUAUAUACUGAGCAUGUCCACAAGUAUAGGGAUGCCCUAAAUGCUGCUCACACCAUCUUCUGCUCAUCAUAAAUGGAGCCAAGUUUAAGCCAAGGACAUGCUUCAAAACUGUGAACAAACUCCUCCAACCUCCUCUACUUGCAUGCCCUCAUACAGCUAAGCAAGCUUCCUAGUGCAGUGGUAUGCAUUCUUGCCGAUACUGAUGGAGCAGGAGAUCUCUAAAGUGCAGAGGACAAUGUCUGACUUGGAGUCAGUCCUCCAGCAGAAGGAUGUUGAGCUAAAAGCCUCGGAGACCCAGCGAAGCAUCCUGGAGCAGGACCUGGCCACCUAUAUCACAGAGUGCAGUAGUUUGAAGCGCAGUUUGGAGCAGGCUCGUAUGGAGGUCUCUCAGGAGGAUGAUAAAGCUCUGCAGCUGCUCCACAACAUCCAUGAGCAGAGCAAUAAACUGCAAGAGAUUAAAGAACAGGAGUAUCAUGCUCAGCUGGAAGAGAUGCGGGUGUCCAUCCGUCAGCUGGAGGAGAACCUUUCUGCCGCUCGGCGUCGCAGUGACUUAUACGAGUCCGAGCUGAAGGAGUCACGCCAGACUAGUGAGGAGCUGAAAAGGAAGGCAGCAGACUACCAACAGAAGAUCCAGAAGGCCAAAGAACAAGGCAAGGCUGAGAUGGAGGAUCUUCUUACUAAACUGCAGAAGACCAAUGAAGAGCAACAAGCAAAGAUUGAGGAGCUUCAAGACAAGCUAGACAAGGCAGUGAAAGCGAGUACUGAGGCCACAGAGCUCCUGCAGAAUGUUCGUCAAGCUAAAGAGCGCCUGGAGCGAGAAGUGACACGACUGCAAACCAGAGAGGACUCCACUGACAGCCUGCGCAGACGCUUGCGUGAGACAGAGCAGGAUGGCAGAAAGACCCUGGAGAAUCAAAUAAAGAGGCUGGAGAUUGUGGAGCGCAGGGAGAGUAAACUAAAAGAGGAUAUCCAGACCAAAUCACAGCAGAUACAACAGAUGGCUGAUAAAAUCAUGGAACUGGAGCAAAACUUGCGUGACAUGCAAGCCACAGCCCAGCGCAUGGACACUCAUCUGGAGCAGAAAGAGAAACUGUAUGAGGAUAAGAUCAAGGUUUUGGAGACGCAAAUGAGGGUUGACUUGGCUGAUAAAGAGCUCCUGGAAUCGAAACAGGACAUAUAUGAGGAGGAAGCUCGGGAGAAAAGCAAAUUGAUCAGUGAGCAGGCUGCGACUAUCAAUGCUAUGGAGUCGAAAAUGACCAGCUUGGAGCAGAGGAUUGCUGAGCUCUCCGAGGCCAACAAACUGGCAGCCAACAGCAGCAUCUACACUCAGAAGAAUAUGAAAGCCCAAGAGGAAAUGAUAUCUGAACUGAGGCAGCAAAAAUUCUACCUGGAAUCUCAGGCUGGCAAACUGGAGGCCCAGAAUGCAAAACUGGAGGAGCAUCUGGAGAAGAUGAGUCAACAAGAGCAAACCAAUAAGAGCCAUAUGCUGGAGCUGGAGGCCAGGCUCAGAGAGAUCAGCCUGGAACAUGAGGAGCAGAAGCUGGAUUUAAAGCGGCAAGUGUCAGAGCUGACACUAUCAUUACAGGAGAGAGAGUCUCAGAUCAGUAGCCUGCAGGCUUCACGUCAUGCUUUGGAAAGUCAGUUACAGCAGGCCAAGACCGAGCUAGAGGAGACCACUGCUGAGGCAGAAGAGGAAAUCACUGUUCUCCGGGCUCACCGGGAUGAAAUCCAACGAAAGUUUGAUGCCCUGAGAGACAGCUGUGCGGUGAUCACUGACCUGGAGGAGCAGUUGACUCAGCUGACGCAGGAAAAUGCAGAGUUAAACAGGCAGAACUUCUACCUUUCCAAGCAGCUGGAUGAAGCAACAGACGAGAAUGAGGAGAGACUGCAGCUUAGCCAAGAGGUGGAUCGCCUGCGCAGAGAGGUGGCUGACCGAGAGAUGCACCUCAACAACCAGAAACAAAACAUAGAGACCCUGAAGACGACAUGCACCAUGCUGGAAGAGCAGGUUCUAGAGCUGGAGACUCUGAAUGAUGAGCUGUUGGAGAAGGAGAGACAGUGGGAGAGCUGGAGGACAGCACUGCAAGAAGAGAAGAACCAGGCUGAACGCAGGACUCGUGAAAUACAGAGACAACUGGACAAUGAAAAACAGAAUAGGUUGCGUGCUGACCAGCGCAGCUCUGAGUCUCGUCAAGCUGUUGAGCUGGCAGUAAAAGAACACACAGCUGAGAUCUUGGUGCUGCAGCAGGCAUUGAAAGACCAGAAACUGAAAGCAGAAGGCCUCUCCGAUACACUGAGUGACCUGGAGAAGAAACACUCCAUGUUGGAGAUGAAUGCACGCAGCCUGCAGCAAAAACUGGAGACUGAGCGAGAGCUUAAACAGAGGCUGGUGGAUGAGCAAGCAAAGUUACAGCAGCAGCUGGACAUGCAAAAGAGUCAUAUUUUCAGACUGACACAAGGCCUGCAGGAUGCACUGGAUCAGACUGACUUACUGAAGACAGAGAGAACAGACCUGGAGUAUCAGCUGGAAAACAUACAGGCAGCAUAUUCUCACGAGAAGGUGAAGAUGGAGGGCACCAUCACCCAGCAGACCAAGCUUAUAGACUUCCUGCAGGCCAAGGUAGACCAUCCCUCUAAGAAGAAAAAGGGUAUCUUCGGUGGCAGGCGUCGGGAGGACCUGCUGGCAGCACUGGCAGCCCAGGGUCAGACCCAGACAGCCUCUGUACCUGUUGUGACCCCUGUGCCCCUGCAGUACAGUGAUAUGAAGGCAGCACUGGAUAAAGAACGUGCCCGAUGCUCAGAGCUGGAGGAGGCCCUCCAAAAGACACGCAUGGAACUUAGAGAGGCCGUUCAGUUUCAUAAAGCACUGGAACAUGGUGGUACUCCUGCUACUCCUGGUCUGGCCCGACAGCAGCUCAUGAUGUCAGCUAAGUCUACCAAAUCCCCUGAGCACCAGCCCAACCCUUCCAGCCUGGCACAGUCCAGUUCCAGCCGCAGGAAGGAGACAGCUACCACUGAUGAAAUAAGGAGAGCCACUUCUGAAAAAUAUGUGCGACGUGUAAAGGAGAGGCUUCACCACAGUACUCAUGGUAGUCACAGCACCCCACAUCGGUUCACCCAGGGUCUCAACAUGAGGGCAGCCAAGUGCACUGUAUGCCUAGACACUGUCCACUUCGCCCGGCAGGCAGCUACCUGCAUUGAAUGCCAUGCUUUGUGCCACCCAAAAUGCUCCCCCUACCUUCCAGCCACAUGUGGUGUGCCCACCGAAUAUGCCCUUCACCUAUCUGAGGCUCUGUGCAGGGAGAAGAGCAGCAACUCAGGCUUACAACUUAAAGACUCCAGUGGACACAUGAGGCUGGAGGGCUGGAUGAAACAGCCCAGGAAUGGGAAACGUGGUCAGGGCUGGGAGAGGAAAUAUGUGGUGCUGGAAGGGAACAAGGUUCUUACCUAUGAUACUGAGCCCAGAGAAGAGUUGGUGAAGCCAGUGGAUGAGUUUGAUCUGUAUAUUUCUGAUGGCGAAGUGAUUGUCCACAGUGCUGUGGGUGGCUCAGAGCUUACUAAUACUGCAAAGUCUGAUGUGCCAUUUGUGCUGAAGCUGGAGUUGCUCCCCCACACAUCCUGCUGGCCAGCACAGACUCUUUACCUCAUGAGCUCAAGCUUUGUGGAGAAGCAGCGGUGGGUGGCAGUUUUGGAGGCUAUUGUGGCAAGUGCUCGUGGUGCCCGUGAGAAAGCAGAGGCAGAUGCAAAGCUGCUGGGAAAUUCUCUAUUGAAGUUGGAGGGAGAUGACAGACUGGACAUCAACUGCACACUCCCCCUCACUGACCAGAUUGUGUUAGUUGGUUCAGAGGAAGGUCUGUAUGCACUGAAUGUUAUAAAGAACUCGCUGACUCACAUCCCAGGCUUGGGCUCUGUGUUUCAAAUCUACAUCAUCAAAGAGCAAGAAAAGCUGCUCAUGAUUGUGGGUGAUGAGAGGGCACUGUGCCUGGUGGAGAUCAAGAAGGUGAAGCAGUCACUCUCUCAGUCCCACCUCCCAACCUUGCCUGAAAUUGUCCCAUACGUUUUUGAGACUGUCAAGGGUUGUCAUCUUUUUGCUGCAGGGAGGAUUGAAAAUGGUUCCUGCAUUUGUGCAGCAAUGCCCAAUAAAGUCACGAUUUUGCGCUACAACGACAAUCUGAGCAAAUUUUGCAUUCGCAAGGAAAUUGAGACCUUAGAACCCUGUAGCUGUAUUUAUUUCACCAACUACAGCAUCAUCAUUGGCACCAACAAGUUCUAUGAGAUUGAGAUGAAGCAAUAUGUGCUGGAGGAGUUCUUGGACAAGACUGACGUGUCAUUGGCUUCAGCUAUGUUUACCACAUCCUCCUAUAGCUUCCCCAUUGCCAUCAUGCAGGUGUCAAGUGCAGCUCAGAAAGAGGAGUACCUGCUCUGUUUCCAUGAGUUUGGAGUGUUUGUGGAUGCCUAUGGCCGAAGAAGCCGCACAGAUGAGCUCAAAUGGAGUCGUCUUCCUCUGACAUUUGCCUUUAGAGAGCCAUACCUGUUUGUGACAUACUUCAAUUCGCUAGAUGUUAUUGAACUUCAGGGUCAUGCUGCCCUUGGGCCUCCGGCGCUUGUUCACUUGGAUGUCCCUAACCCACGCUACCUAGGACCGGCCAUCUCAUCAGGUGCCAUUUAUCUGGCCUCUUCCUACCAGAACAAACUGAGAGUGAUCUGCUGCAAAGGCCAUGUCAUGCGAGAGUCAGGAGAAUUGCAGAGGACAGGUUCUAACAGGAGCAGCCCAAGCAAGCGUGGCCCACCCACUUAUAAUGAGCACAUUUCAAAGAGGCUAGCCUCAAGCCCUGGAGCUCAAGAGAGUGUUGUGCACCGGGACCCUAGCACACCACACCGUUACCGUGAGGGCAGGACUGAGUUCCGCAGAGACAAGUCUCCAGCUCGGCCAUUGGACCGUGAGAAGUCGCCAGGGCGUGCUGUGAUUGAUGCACGCAGAGAGAGAUCACCAGGUCGGCCACUGGAUGAAAGAGAGAGAGAGCGUGAGCGCACACGCCUGCACACAAGCUCAGUCCGCACUCAACUCACACCAGUUAACAAGGUACGCAUGAGACAUUGCCACGUUAACUGUGUGUCCUUCUAG